AUGUCGGGGCACAGGGGUGGUGGAGGGGCUGGGAGUCAUCAAGGUGGUCCCCCAGGCCUCAAGCAGAUCGAUUUGGAUCAAAUUUGGGGUGACUUGCGUGAGGGUAUAGAACAAGUUUACAACAGGCAGUGCAUGUCGAAGCCUAGAUACAUCGAGUUGUACACACAUGUAUAUAAUUAUUGUACAAGCGUUCAUCAACAACUGACCAGAACGUCAACCAAAAGUAAAAAAGGUCAAAUUCAACAAGGAGGCGCACAGCUAGUGGGUUUGGAGCUAUACAAACGUCUACGCGAUUUUCUUAGGACUUACCUUAUUAAUUUACUCAAACAUGGUAUUGACUUGAUGGACGAGGAUGUGCUGCAAUUCUACACGAGACAAUGGGAGGAAUAUCAAUUCAGUAGUAAAGUGUUAAAUGGUGUAUGUGCAUAUCUCAAUCGCCAUUGGGUACGGAGAGAGUGCGAGGAAGGCCGCAAAGGAAUUUAUGAAAUUUAUCAAUUAGCUCUGGUUACCUGGCGAGAUAAUUUAUUUAAACAUUUAAAUAGACAGGUUACUAAUGCGGUGCUUAAAUUAAUUGAAAGAGAACGUAACGGUGAAACGAUAAAUACCCGAUUAGUUAGCGGUGUCAUCAAUUGUUACGUAGAAUUGGGUUUAAACGAAGAAGACCCAGGUGCAAAAGGACAAAACCUAACAGUGUAUAAAGAUUCAUUUGAAAAUAUCUUUCUCGAGGAUACGGAACGAUUCUACAAUCGCGAAAGUUCCGAAUUUCUUAGACAAAAUCCUGUAACGGAAUAUAUGAAAAAAGCGGAACAGAGAUUAUUGGAAGAGCAGAAGCGAGUACGUGUUUAUCUGCAUCAAACGACUCACGAGCGACUGGCAAAAACAUGCGAGAGAGUACUUAUCGAAAAGCAUCUGGACAUAUUCCAUGCUGAAUUUCAAAAUCUUCUGGAUUCUGAUAAGAAUACAGAUCUGGGUAGAAUGUAUCAGUUAGUAGCAAGAAUACCAAAUGGUCUUGGAGAAUUGAGAAAUCUUUUAGAGAGUCAUAUCGCUAAUCAAGGUCUCGCAGCUAUAGAUAAAUGCGGAGACUCGGCAGCUAAUGAUCCGAAAAUUUAUGUGAACACAAUUUUAGAAGUACAUAAAAAAUAUAACGCUUUAGUGUUGGUUGCAUUCAAUAACGACAGCGGCUUUGUCGCUGCCUUGGAUAAGGCUUGCGGACGAUUUAUUAAUAGCAAUUCCGUCACGAGGGCGGCAAAUAGCAGCAGCAAGUCACCGGAAUUAUUAGCAAAAUAUUGCGAUUUACUGCUUAAAAAGAGUAGUAAAAAUCCGGAAGAGGCGGAACUUGAAGAUACUCUUAAUCAAGUUAUGGUAGUGUUUAAAUAUAUUGAAGACAAAGAUGUAUUUCAAAAGUUCUAUAGUAAGAUGUUAGCGAAACGAUUGGUGCAGCAUAUGUCUGCUAGCGACGACGCUGAGGCUUCCAUGAUCUCUAAGUUGAAACAAGCUUGUGGAUUUGAAUAUACUUCGAAGUUACAACGCAUGUUUCAGGACAUUGGCGUAUCGAAAGAUCUAAAUGAACAGUUCAGGAGGCACCUGACAAAUUCUGCCGAGCCUUUAGAUAUAGAUUUCAGUAUACAAGUUUUAUCCUCUGGUUCAUGGCCAUUCCAACAAUCCUUCACGUUUUCUUUGCCAACCGAGCUAGAAAGAUCUGUACAUAGAUUUACAACUUUCUAUAGUUCACAGCAUAGUGGCAGAAAGUUAAAUUGGCUGUAUAAUAUGUCUAAGGGGGAGCUGCAUACAAAUUGUUUUAAAAACAGAUACACGUUGCAAGCGUCGACCUUCCAAAUGGCAGUUUUAUUGGCGUACAAUGGAUCUACGUCGUGGACAAUACAACAACUGCAAUAUGCAACACAAAUAAAGAUGGAUUUUUUACUACAGGUUAUUCAAAUACUUUUGAAGGCAAAGCUUUUAACUGCAGCUAGCGACGAUGUAACUGAACUGACCCCGUUAUCAACGGUAGAACUUUUUACAGGCUACAAAAACAAAAAAUUAAGGGUAAAUAUUAAUAUACCGAUGAAGACGGAAUUGAAAGUUGAACAAGAGACUACGCACAAACACAUAGAGGAAGAUAGGAAACUUUUAAUUCAAGCAGCAAUUGUCAGAAUUAUGAAAAUGCGGAAAGUAUUAAAACAUCAACAGUUGGUAGCCGAAGUAUUGAAUCAAUUGAGCUCUAGAUUCAAACCGAGAGUACAUGUCAUUAAGAAAUGUAUAGAUAUUUUAAUUGAAAAAGAAUAUUUGGAGCGCACGGAAGGUCAAAAGGACACUUAUAGCUACCUGGCAUGAUCAGGGCAACGAUACAGCAAGAAAAACAAAAUAAAAAACAUACACACACUCUCAUUUUCAUUGAUAUAUAUAUAUAAUAUACGUAUCAGACUAUUUAUUUAAGGUCUUGAAUGUAAUUCCCUAUUUUUAUUCUGUACAUGAAUACCUUUGUACCAUACUGUCAUUCUGGUCGCAUUUAGAGAGUCCAGCUUUUUAUAUAUCUUUUAAAAGAUAUAUGGAUAUAGCAUAAAAGAUGUUAAUAAAAUUAUUUCGUAAUCAUUAGCCAAUGCUAGAUGUGUUACUGUCUGUGUUGGUUUUUAAGACGAGGUAUGUCGCCUCGGUAUAAUAAACAUCAUUUAAGAUAUUAGAUAAUCUAUAGAGAAUUAUAUAAAAUGAUAAAAACAAAAGUACGUAUUUUCAUUGCAUUAUUGAUAUCGCCAAUAGUUUAUGUCUUGUAACUGAAAAUAUUAAGAACAAUUUAUUUUUUACAAACUAAAGGAAAUAUUGUAAAUGUGAAGGAAGUAAAAGAUAUAUUAUGUCCACUAUAUUAUAUAUAGAAAAAGAUCAUUAUAAAUUGUAAUUGGUUAUGCAAAAAGAAAUGAAUUUUGCACACAUAUACGCGACAAGAUGUAUUGUAUAAUAAAAAGCAGAAUGUACAAAAUUUUUGAGCACAUAGAUAGUAAUGCAUUUUAGCAAACAUUUAACUUUUACAGUAGAAUACAUAUAUAAGUCAGAAAAUUUUAUAACAAUACAUGUAAAAUUCUAUCAUAAUCAUAGCAAUUCAAGUGUUUUUGCGCGAUAACAUAAUUAUGUCAACUCUGCGUGUUCUAGGUAGAAUAUUUAAAAUUACAAAAAAUUAUAAAAUUUACUGAUUUCUUUUUGAGACUAACACCAAUUUGCGCGAUUAACGACGCUAAAAAAAAUCAAUAUUUUACAAGAUUAAAUUUAAUAGUAUAAUUUUUUCUAUGCAAAAUCUAGAGGCUUUGACCUCGACGGUCUUUGUGCUUGUGCAGGAUUUAAAGAUUCACAUACUGAUUAACUUAAUGAUGUUUAAUUAAUUGAAUAAAUUUGUUUAUGUUUGUAAAAUUUUUUGCUGUGGUAAAAAAGUCGAGAGAGAGAGAGAGAGAGAGAGAGUGAGUGAGUGAGUGAGUGAGUGAGUGAGGGAGAAGUGGGUGUGUGUGAGAGAGAGACACUUGAUGUUCGUGCAAUACGGAAGCAGUAAGAAUGUUUAUGGUAAUAGGAUUUAUAAAAUAUAUAUACACACGCAUACACACACGCACACACACAUACAUACAUACAUACACACAAAUGAAUAAUAAGCGUAAGCUCUAAAAGUGGUGCUUAUGUGAAUCUUAAUUUUAGCGCCCUUGACAGGAGUCAGGAGUUGUAAAUCCUGUAAUUGUAAGCGCUCACAAAGGUCAUCUUAAUAAUCAUCUUGAAAUUGAGUUUUAAACUCAAUAUGUAUAAAAAUGAAUGAGAGAGAGAGAGAGAGCAAGGCAGAAAGAAGUUUAGAAUUUUUAAGUAUAUGUAUGAUUCUAGGUACUCGAAUAUUAAUUACAUUUUUUCAUGGCAUAUUGUCGAUGAUAAAAUCUAAAGAGCGAGAAAAAUAAACUGCGAAUUAUUGUAAUUAAAUCUUAUUAACGUAUUUGCCCACGUAGGGUAACAACAAAUCUACAUUUAACUACAGAAACGUUAACUUAAUUUUAUUAAAGUGUACUGUGCAAAUUUUUUUUUUCUUUUUCAAAUUAUAACAGCGUUAACAUGUUUGAGCUGUAGGUUGUGCAGAGGGAUACUGACUAUAUCAUACAGUCUUUAUCCAUAUACUUGUGAUAUUUGCUAUUAUUUAAUAUUUCUAUGUAAAAGAAGUAAUUUCGACGAAUUGUUUACGAAAACAAGUUUGUUUGCUUUUUGUAAGUUUAGAUAUGUAUUAUGGCUAUACAUCAUUUAGGUCAAGGAUUUACAAUCCUUUACUGUGAAAGAAAUGCUAAUAUUCAUUCUACAUCACCCAGUGAAAUAUCAUUGAUGUUUUUGAUGAGCAACAUUUUUUUAUAUCCAUAUGGCUCGUCACACGUGACACAAUUUCUGAUUGUCGCGAUUAUAAAGGUAAAUAAUGAAUAUUUAUAUUCGCGCGCGUUGAUACGCGGCAAAAUCUAAUGCUUCGAAUUUUUGUAUACUCAGAGUUUGUUAUUGUCAGUUAUUAUUCCUUGCACUAAAUGCAGAAGUUAUGUAAAUAAACUGAACGAGACAUUUGACAUUGUCAAAUAUAAAAUGAUUUGAACUUGA